AUUGAAUGGGCGUUGGGGUGCACUUGCACAUCUGAAAACUUAAUUUAUGCGUUCCGUGGCGUCUAAACCAAACUAAACCAAAUCUUUCAAGAAGCACCUUCACGGUCUAUUUCGCUUUAAUUCAUCUUUCAUUCAUUCAUCAGCGCUACUGUCUCUGUCUUUUGUUUUUUUCUCAUCGCUGUUCCUUCCAAACGAAGUUUCCUUCCUUCCUUCCGUCUUCCUCAUCCACACCAAUCCCCUGCGCUCACGCCUACAAUACCAUCUUCACUUCCAGACUCCAAAACAAAAACAAAAAAUCAAUUAAUUAUCCUUAAAUCACAUCCCCGUGAAAAACACACCUCCUUUCUUUUCUCUUCUUUACCAUAUUCUGCAUAUUUUAAUUUUUUACUUUUAACUAUUCAAUUUAUUUUAUCACCGUAGCGGCACUUCCUUUUUUCGAAUUCGAAAACAUAAAUUAAAAUUGAGAGUUUCUCGAGAGACUGGUUGGUACGUUCUUCUUCUUCAUCCGCCUAUCUACCUAAAAUCACAAUUCGAUUAUUACUUCCUAAUUCAUAUUCAUCCCAAUUGUUAGGGUUUAUCAUAUUAUUAUUUAUAUGUUAUUCAAUUAAAUGGCUGGCGCCGGCGACAUAGAUGCCGAUACGGUGCUCAGCGACGUCGAGGACGACGGUGGAGAUCCGAUUCCGAUUGCUUCGAAUUCAUCUUCGCCGGAAGACGUGUCCAUUGAACGACUCCGCGAGGUUCUCAACGAGCUUGAUCGGGAAAAGCAAGCGCGUCUCGCCGCCGAGAAAGCGAAGUCGGAGUUACAAACUUCCUUCAAUCGAUUGAAGGCGUUGGCACAAGAGGCUAUACGGAAGCGCGAUGAAUUCGGCCGGUUGCGUGACGAUGCCGUUCGGGAAAAGGAGGAGACGGCGAAACAGUUAGAGGAGUCGGUGAAGGAGCGUCAAUCACUGCGAUCGGAGAUUGAGAAUUCGAGCCAUAUGCUGGCCACCGGUAUCGAGAAGAUCUCCGCCAAAGUGAAUGGUUUCGGGGGCGGAAUCGCGUUGCCGCGGUCGCAGAAAUACACCGGUAUGGCGGCGGUGACUUACGGUGUUAUAAAGAGAGCGAAUGAGAUUGUUGAAGAGUUGUUGAAACAGAAUGAUGCAAGUGUUAAGUCUAGGGACCAAGCUAGGGAACAAAUUGAGCAAAGGAAUUACGAAAUUGCCAUUGAGGUUUCUCAGUUGGAAGCAACCAUUAGUGAUUUGAGAGAUGAGGUUGCCAAGAAAACCUCUGUAAUUGAGGGUUUGGAAAAGGAUUUAGCACUUAGGGAUGAGAAAUUUAAUGAGGUUUCUGAGAGUUUAAGGAAGGAAGAGAGUGAGGGUUUGCAGUUGAAGGAGCUUGUUAAUGAGUGUGAGGACAAGUUGAGUAAGUUAGAAUCCAAGACGGAAUCGUUGAGGCCUUUGUUGAUUGAUCAGUUGAGUUUUGUGUCCAAGAUUCACAAUCAGAUUUGUAGUGUUGUUAAGAUCAUUGAUGAUGGUGGUAAUUCGGAACUGUCUGAAUCGUUGUUUGUGGCGCAAGAAACAGACAUUGAAGAGAAUAUAAACGCCUCUUUGGCUGGGAUGGAACUCAUACAUGAGUUGACUAGGGUUGUUGUUCAAAAAGUUAGGGAUGUGGUUGAGGAGAAGAAUCGUGAGAUCAAGAGUUUAGAUGAGAGUGUGAAUAGGUUAGUUAAGGAAAAGGAUCAAAUUGGUUCUCUGCUUAGGAGUGCUUUGUCAAAGAGGAUGACAUCCGAUCCGUCGUCUAAGAGAAGUGAGCUUUUUUUAGCUGCAGAAAAUGGAUUGAAGGAGGCUGGGAUAGAUUUCAAAUUUAGUAAGCUUCUUGGAGAUGGAGGAAAGCUUACAGCUUCAAAUGACAAGUCGAACAAAACAGAAAAAGAAGAGGAAGAUGAAAUUUACUCAUUGGCUGGUGCUCUUGAGGAUGUUGUUAAGGCAUCUCAGCUUGAGAUCAUUGAGCUGCAGCACACUGUGAAUGAAUUAAGGGCAGAGUUGAGUUUACUUAAGCAGCACAUAGAAGCCCAAACCAAAGAACUCGAUCACAGAAUGCACCGGAUAGAGGAACUCGAAGAAAAGGAGAGAGUGGCAAAUGAAAAUAUCGAGGGCCUAAUGAUGGACAUUGCGGCUGCUGAAGAAGAAAUUCACAGAUGGAAAGUGGCAGCAGAGCAAGAAGCUGCUGCAGGCAGAGGUGUUGAACAAGAAUUUGUGGCACAGUUGUCAACGCUUAAGCAGGAACUUGAAGAGGCAAAGCAAUCCACGUUGGAGUCAGAGAAGAAAUUAAAAUUCAAAGAAGAGACAGCUGCUGCUGCCAUGGCAGCCAGAGAUGCAGCAGAGAAAUCUCUCAAGUUGGCAGACACGAGGUCUUCUAGACUAAGGGACAGAGUGGAGGAACUCACUCAUCAGCUCGAAGAGUUCGAGAAUAGAGAAGACUUGAGGGGACGAAGUAGGCCUAGAUAUGUAUGCUGGCCGUGGCAGUGGCUUGGCUUGGACUUUGUUGGAAUUCAGCAACGGUCUGAUACACAACAGCAAACUGUUUCUAACGAAAUGGAGCUUUCCGAACCUCUCUUAUAAACGGACGUUUUCUUCUUUUUCCUUCCUCUUGUGUAUUUAUGUUUCUUCAAUUUUAUGUCACAGAAAUACAGAAUGGUAGUUAAUAGUAAACAACCCGUUCCACCAUUUCUUAAUGCAGCAAGCAACACGGUGGUGUUGGUCGACCAUUGUCAUGUUGCAGCAGCAUUUGGCUUGAGUAACUUGCUAUUGCAAUGUGGUUAUGCUGUAUAUUCCUUUCAUGGAAGCAUUCCACAUAUAGUGUCUUUACAUUCCAGUGACAGAAAAGUCCAUACAUGGUUGUGUUUUCAAUGCAAGACUGAAGCUUGUCUACUAGACGAUGAAACUACAUUUUUUUUCCCCC